AUGGACAAUGUGACCCCGGGGAGCCUCCCAGAUGACAUGGGCCUGGUGGACUACAACUAUCUGGCCCUGAUCUUGGGAGUGCCUCUCAUAUUGAUCAUAAUCCUGGGAAACGUCCUAGUUUGUCUAAGCGUGCUGACGGAGCGCUCUCUCAAAACGGCAACUAACUACUUCAUCUUCAGUCUGGCUGUGGCCGACCUGCUGCUGGCUGUGCUGGUGCUUCCCCUCUUUGUCUACUCUGAGUUCAUGGGAGGAAUAUGGACACUGAGCACUUCCAUCUGCGACACGCUGAUGACGAUGGACGUGAUGUUAUGCACUGCCUCAAUCCUCAACCUGUGUGCCAUCAGCGUGGACAGGUACAUUGCAGUGGUGGUGCCCCUCAAAUACAACAGAAACCAGUUCAGCAUGCGGCAGCUGGCCCUCAUCACUGCCACCUGGGUUUUGUCUUUAGGCGUGGCUAGUCCCGUCAUCUUCGGCCUGAACCGGGUCCCUGGACGAGACCCCAGAGUGUGCAAACUAGAGGAUGAUCGCUUCGUGGUAUACUCCUCUGUCUGCUCCUUCUUUGUGCCGUGUCCCGUCAUGCUCUUCUUGUAUUACUGGAUGUUUCGUGGACUGAAACGCUGGAGUGGACGCUCGCGCUCUCAAGCAGGACGAGAAAACCGCCACACCCUCUCCUUACACUUGAACUCUGCUUUCCGCCACGCCAAGGCCUCUAAGACAGGAAGUCAAGAGAAGGUUGUGUAUGCUGUUGCACCUGGCCUCAGCCCGACAUCGCCCUCCACUAUGUCCCAGAUAACUCCGUCUGUUACCCCUGUGAGCGAUGAGCGGGACGGGGAGGCGGUGGUGAUGGAGAGUGACCCUAUGACCAUGCAGAAUGACAGCGUGUCGGACCUGACAGAGAGGAGAGAUGGCAGCAGACGAGGACAAUACUCCUCCAAAAGUAAUGCCGUGAAAAGAGGCAGAAGAAACAGCAAAAGCAGCAGAGUGAGCGGCCGCGAGCGCAAAGCCAUGAAGGUCCUGCCAGUGGUGGUCGUUGUGUUCCUGGCCUGCUGGACACCUUUCUUUGUGGUUCAUGUCACAAAUGUGUCAUGUGAAUCCUGCCAAAUCAGCCCCUCUCUCAUUUCAGUGAACAGAGACACGGAUCAUGGAAGGACACCAGCUCAAUGGAUCCGCCCACCAAACACACAGAGGUUGAAACAAGAGAAUGCUGAACAGGAGCAGACUGCUGCUGCUGCUGCUGCCGCUGCUGCGGGUAACGCUGAUGAUCCGUGUUGUCGGCGGGAGUCCCUGUCAGGGAGGUUCUGA